AUGGCUCAUUUUCCACAUCUCAAUUAUAAUGAACUUAUCCCAGGUAGCGGAGGAAUUUUGACCUAUGUGUAUAGGUGGAAAAUUACAAAUUGGAGCGAAAUACGACCUUAUAUGGAACAUACCAGUACACCUUUUAGUGCCGACGGUUUACAGUGGGUUUUUAAGUUCUAUAAGGGACGACAGAAAAACCCACAGGCUUUGUCAUUAUAUUUAGGAAUUUUAGAGACAACACCGGGAUGUCUUCGUGGAAUUAGGAAAAAAGUCAGUAUCAUCUUUGUAUUGGAGAACUUGAGAACGAAAGGAAUGGAUUUCGGAAAAAGACAUUCCACAUGGGGUGAGGAAAAUCUUACGUCGCUAGAUGAAAUGGACAGCAAUGAUACGGUAUCCUUAUGUGUAAAAUUUGAGAUUCAGGAAUCUAUUGUAGAUUCACCACCAAAAAUUAGCAAUACAUUUGAUAAACUAGUAAACUCUCCACGUUUUUCAGAUGUCACAUUUCGCGUAAUUGAUGAUAAUUUUCGCGAGAAAGUAUUCUACGCGCAUAAAGGAAUUUUAGCAACUAGUUCUCCGGUAUUUGAAGCAAUGUUAACAAACGGAAUGAAGGAAUCUUUUGAAGAUGAAAUUAAAUUAUGUCAAGCAAACCAUUCGGCGUUUCUUUCUUUGUUAACUUUUAUAUAUACUUCUCAUGUAAAUAUUGUGUCUUUACGUAACGCGGAAAAUUUAUUGGAAUUAGCUGAUAGGUUUGAGAUUAUCUAUGUGCGAGAGGAAUGUUUGCGUUAUUUCCGUUUAGAACUGAACGUUGAUAAUGUAUGGGGAAUUUGGGCCAUUGCAGAAAAAUAUUGUUGUGCUAAAACAUCAUCAACAUGUCGUGAUUUUGUCGCAUUGUAUUUCGAUAAUCUUUUGGAUAACUCAUCUACGUUACAUGCUGAUCCAAAUAUUUUGCAACUUGCACUUGAAAAUGAUGAAGCAAAUGUGAAUUCUGAAGAGAAAAUUUAUGAACUAGUUGUACGUUGGGCGAAUCAUUCAUCCUCUUUAGAUCCAAAUGUACCGCCGUCGGAGAAUUCUUCAACCAUUCAGUCAGUUGACAUUAACGGUGAGAAUCUUUAUGAAACAGAAAAUGACGAUUCAAAUAAAUUUCCCAAGCCAUGGUGUGGCGAUAGACUUGCAGCACUUCCUUCUUUAUUGAAAUGCGUUCGAUUUCCUGUGAUGAAAAAACAAUAUAUUUAUGAAGAAGUCGAAGGAAAUCCUAUUGUAAUGGCAGCAGAUGGGAUGAAAGAUCUGGUAAUUGAAGCAUAUCGACAUCUGUUAUUGCCUGAUGUUACAAAUUCUACUAACAGAGUUAAACACCGAAAACUAAUGGCGAUUCCUGUCGAAGAAUGGUAUUAUGAAGUUCCAAUAGUUACAAGAACGUACGUGACUGCUGCUGUAUUAACGAGUUUAGCCGUGCAAGUAGGUUUUGUAAAUCAAUUUCAACUUUAUUUCAAUUUUGAUAAAACAUUCUAUGAUCGCCAGCUUUUAUCACCAUUAUCCAAUGUCCCAUUUCUUGGGUAUUCACUUGCAUUUACAUUAGUAUAUAUAUGGUCGCGAAGAAAUCCAUUUAUAAGGUUAAAUUUUGUUGGACUAUUUGUAUUCAGUGCACCAUUUUUACCAUGGGUAUUGCUUGGAUUUUCCUUGUUAUUAAAUAAUCAUUUUCCAAUGAGUGAUAUGAUGGGCAUUGCUGUUGGUCAUAUUUAUUAUUUCUUUGAAGAUGUUUGGCCAUUGGAAAGAAAUAGUGGCGGUAGACUACUUUCCCCUUUUCCAAGUGUACGAUUGUUUGAUAGAAUUCAAGAGAAUCCAGCUGUACAACAGGAGGAAAACAAUCUUGUAUUUGCUGAUAAUGAAUUUAAUCGUGGUGAUCCUAAUACUAUAGAAAAUCAACCUGGGAUAAUGGAAGGUGAAAUAGCUCCUGAUCAAUAA